CUGCAUUACCGCAUGAUGUUACAUGAUGACGAUAUCUGCAGGAAUACACUCAUGAAUGUGCAUUUUUCUCUCAACAGACACUAACAUUUUCUGCAUCUCUCUCUCCUUCCCAUUUAUUUGCCUAUUUUUUUGUUACUUUACUCUUCCUUGUUUUUCUCACCCAUCCAUCCCAUUCUGUUGUUUUCAUUGUUUGUCCAUGGCUCUGCUUUGCUCCCUCAUUACUCUGCUUGUGCGCCUGCCCUCUCCUGUCUUCUGCACCUUACAAUUUUUGGCCUUUUUGCCCUUUCCAAUAAGCAGUUUCCUCCCCUCCACUGUCCCUUGCCCAAUCCUCCCAACCCUACUUCCUCCACUCAGCUCUCCCUUCCUAUCGCCCAGGCUAUUGUAACUCCCAUCCCCUCACAGUUUCUAGGCCCCACAACCAUGUGGGCAGAGAAUCCACAGACCAACACUGCAAUACACAGAGGGCCAAUAUUUCUGGCUCAUCUUAUACCCACAGAGAUGAUACCAGCACUGAUAUAAGCUCCGGGUUUAACUCUGAUUCCCUGGCUGACCUUUGUGUAGACUCUUCUCAUGAUUAUGGGAAUAUCAUUAAGAAAAACACUUAUUCUGCAUACCAAUAUAUCAGUGAAUCCAAACCAAAUGACAGGGACUUUACAUCCAGCUGUAAUUUUGACUCUCUCUACUGCACUGACACAGAGAAUCAGACCAACACGCACACUAAACCCGACACACCUAUUAGUAGCACCACUGAAGCACCAGGUUGCACCACCCCAUAUAAGAACAUCGAUGUCUUGAUGACAUAUUCUAACAGUGCAAAGGAUUCACUGUAUUCAAGCAGAGAAAAGCGCACACAAUCGCACGCAGACCACAACAGCAUCAAGGCCAGGACAUCCAAAGAGCUCCCCCCUCUCCCCACCUAUUACCUGUACCACCCCAAAAACUGCCCUCUGCACAGGGGUGCCCCUCCUCGCCUCUCGCCUAUAGGAGCCCUCUCACCUCCUCAGCGCUCAGGAGUGCCCCCUCCAGGUGUGGCAGGCUCCUGCCUCAGUUCCCCGCUUUUCCCCCGCUCGCACACCCUGCCUGCCCUCGCUGCACCUCUCUACUACCCAAACCUCUACCCUCCUAUACCGCCCAGGGCUCCCCCCCUACCCCCAAAACUCCACCAGGCUCCUCUGCAGUUGCGCGUGGCGACUGUUCGCAGUGUGUCAUUCGCUGGAACUGUAAAGAGAGGAGAGACAUCCUGGAUGGGCGAAGAUGUGAAGCAUCCAAUGAGAGGUCUUGGCCUGUCCUCUCUGUGCCUGCAGGAAAAGAAAGCUCUGGUCAGUGCGGUCAGUGUAGCAGUGGAAGCCAUCUUGGCCCAGUUCAGCUCUUCUCGGACUGUAGUUCAGAAGGCUUUAUCAGGAGACAGCACUAUAAAUCCAUCUCUGGGCCGUCUGGUGCUGCAGUGUCUUUGCCCCGCCCUACACAGCUUGCUGACCGAUGGACUAAAACCACACAAGAGUGACCUGAUUGCAGGCAGGAGGCCAAAUUCAGCCUGGGGCCUGGUCCAAGCCUCCACUAAGCCAGGCCCUAAAACACAAGCCUUGUUCAACCUACAAGUUCGAGUUGGAGAGCUGCCACAACUCAGACAGAACAAGCACAGGUUCAACGCAUUCCUGUUUGGACUACUGAAUACCAAGCUUCUUGAUUUCUGGCUGUCUCACCUUCAGUCUUGCAGUGAUGUGCUCGAGACAUACUACCGCCCCUCCUCCUUUAUGUGUCUGUCGCUAACCGCCUGCCAGCCUCUGUUUGAGGAGCUGCUCCUGGUGCUGCAACCUCUCAGCCUGCUGACCUUUAACCUGGACCUGCUCUUCCAGCACCACCACUUAGAGGCAGACGGUCACAGUCCAGAGAUACCCAGUCCACCCUGUCAGGAUGCAGGUUUCCAGCUGCCAACAAGGGGAUCCCAAUCCAAGAUCGAAAGCUGCAGAUAUAUUGAAAGCCUCUCAGAAGUAGACUUUGGAAGUCCAGAAUAUCAGGAAGCUAAAGAUGGUGAAAACUUGUCACCAUUGGCUCAUCCAAAGAAUGGAGGACCAGGCGGGUCAACAAAUAACAAUACUGAACCCAUAAAGGCUUCAAUCACACUCGGGCAGACAAGUCCUCAGCUGUUGUGGGUGCAGGAGAAGGAAAUUGGGGAAUUACCUCCUCCAAGCAUCGAGGAGGACAGCCUUGCUCAGCAGGCUGGCCUGGUGAUCCAGCAGGGAUGGGGGGCUGUGGUGCGCUGGGGAGGCAGACUGAGCCAAAACCUGUCUGAGCUGAGCCUGUCUGCAGGGAAAAGGGAGGAGAUGAAAAUGGAUCUGCCAGAUCUCCAGGCUCAUACAGCCAGCGACUUUGCUCCAGUCAGCAGUGGCACUCAGGUUCCCUGGGGUCUGGGGCGUCUCUUUGGUGCCUCUAAAAGCCCCAGCAGCCCAACAGGUCACACACCACCAUCAAGGCGUCCCUCUCAGUGGUUGGCUCCUGGUGUCACAGCACUGACUCGAAUGGUGAGCAGCAAUUCCACCCCAGUGAUGAGGAGGACUGUGGAUGUCCAGGGAGGAAGUGAGCCAGAGUCAAAGAGAGAGGUCGACACGUUGGAGAUGAAGGACAAACCCAGACCUCUCAGGUCAGUACGAACGCUGUGUGACCACAAUGGAACGGGUUCUGAGCUCAGCUUCUGCAAGGGGGAGGAACUCGUAAUAUUAGGAGGUGUUGAUCAAGACUGGAUUCGCUGUCGUCAGGGAGAUAAAGAGGGGCUGGUACCUAUUGGCUACACCUCGCUCAUCAUGUGACUGACACCAUAACUGCUGCACUCGAUCAAUGAAAAAUAAAAAAUAUAUUUUAGGCGAAUAUUGAGAGGUUAUGGUAAUGCUACACUACUCUGAAAGGGAUAUUUCACACUGGCAUGGUUUAAGUUUGAUUUGAGUGCAUUAACACCAUCUGCUCUGCUUUAUGUGCAUUAGGAGUAGCCUGCAGUCCCCUCUCCCUUUAUGAACAUAUGGGAGUUUUUUCCCAUCGCAAUCUAUCCAGUUUGGUAGCAUUAAACUAAUGGAUUUUAGCAGCAGGAAUGCAGCAGAUGGUGUGAAAUGACUCAAGUCAAAUUUAGACCAUUUCAGACUGGAAGAACUUUGAUCUUGGAGUGAAGUAUCCCUUUAAAUGACCUUUCUUCAGUGUCUGCCUUCCCUUCCUUGUCAGCUGCCAAUCUGAAAAUGAUCACAGGGGGAAUUCUAUGGGAUCAACCACUAGCAGAUCUAAGUGUGCUCAGAUCAGCAGCUGCCAGCUGUGAGGAGGCGACAGUCGACAGCCUGGCCGUAGCCACAUUAACAUUUCGAGCCAUCAGCAGUAGAGAGUCGUGACUCGCAGGUUUGUCGAGUGGAGAAAGCAUGUUAGAGUACUGGGCCGUAGCUCCUGUUGCAUACUGCGUAGUAAUGUAGUGAAUUGUAGCUGUGUAGAUCUGUGCUCUAUUGACCUUUUACCCCUAUUGACCUCCCACCUUUAUCGCCUGGUUCAUGCGUGUUUGACAUGUUUCUGCUAUAUUUGACUGUAUAAAUAUACAUAAAUAUAUAUAUAUAUAUAUAGGUAUAUAGAUUGAGAUUGAUAUUAAGAUAGAGAGAAAGGUGAACAAGAGAAAGCAGGUAGUGGGACACAAGCAGCAGCUUAAUACUGUGGCCACAGUGAGGACGUGGAUUAAAAUUGAGUGGAUUACUUCUUUAUCAUUACACCUGCAACUUCACACACACAUUAAGUGGUUGUCAUACAUGCAAAAAGAAAGGUGUAUGUGUUUGUUUUAAGUAUGAAAUCCAGUAUCUUCCCUCUUGUGUGCUUCAUGUAUUGCCAUUUGUCUUGAGAUCAUAUUCAUAAGAAUCAUUAGAUUUAGCCUCAUACCUUUUAAACACUUUAUGCAUUGUAAUGUGCCAUGAAUGCUUCAGGUGAAUGCCAGAAAAUAUCUAUUCAUCUCACAUAGUUAUAGAAGAUAACCUACCGGGAUCGCAAACCCAGACAACAGCAAUCUGUAGCUAAUCUUUCUACUCGUCCCAAAACCUCACGGGCCAACCCCACGAGAGUUAAUGCCUCACAAAACUAUGCUCUGCUCUUGUUCAACACUAUCUGAACUCCAAUUUAAUGCAGUAAGGGAAACCCUGAUGUAUGUAGUUCAUGACUGCUACUGUAAAGUCUGUAGGUUUGGUGGCUGGUCUUCACCUCAUACCUCAGUUUUUUUUAUUUAUCUUAACCCUCCCUGCCAUGUUUGCUCAUCAUAAUCAUUGUUAUUAAUGACUGUGGUAGUAGAAGUGGUAGUGGUGGAAGUGAUAUGUUGAUUCUAAUAGUAUUCAUAUAAAGUACUUUGCUUUGACAUUAGUUCUUCUCUAGAUUAUGUGUCAAUGACUAUGCACAAAUGUGCAACUUAAUGCCUUUUUGUUUGUUAAACAGUUAUUUUAGUUUCAAAAAAGUGCAAAAUGACACGUAAAGCCUGUUUAAAUAAUAGGCUUAAAUAGUUAAAGUAAAAUUAAAAGCAUCUGAUCAGGAAAGGCUAAUGAUAAUUCAGCAGGGAAGUUUCAUACUUGAGUCUUAUCAGUCAGGCAAAGCUAAACACAAGGUUUGCUUAUGUUAUUGUGUCAAUGCCAUGUAGCUUUACUGUCACUAUGGCAACGGUUGCAUCAAGUUAGACCAGUGCUCAUAACUUGCUAAUGAACACAAUAAAAUUGCAUCCUCAUUGACAUCAAAUGGAUAAUAACUAGAUUUUUGCAGGAAAAUUGUUAAAAAAUACAAUAUCAGCUGACACAUUUAAUUGUGUGUAAUGUUUUAUUUUUGUUUGUGCAUUUUUCUAAAUGUGAGAUAAUGGUCAAAAGGCAUUUGUUUGAAAGCUGUUAAUUUAUUGGAUGUACUAUUUAUUGAUCUUGAGGUUUCUGGAAUGAAUCACUAUCUAUCUGGGUUCUUUAUGUGUGUGAAGGAGAGAGAGAGAGUGUGUGUGUAUGUGUGCACACAUGACAGUGUACGUGGCAGGAAAAGCAGAGAUGAGUGUGAGCACAUCUGUGUGUCUGCACAUCCUGCACUUUCACUUGAAUGUGUGUGUAAGUGUAACAAUGAGUUCUGUACCUCCCUCCUCCUCCCUUUCUCUCUCUGGUGUCAUGUAGCCUGUAGACAUCCCCUGUGUCUUACUAUUGCAUAUAGUUCAGUGCCCCUCUAGUGUCAGUCACUGUCCAACUCCUGCAUGUGCUUGUUUGUAAAUACACCAAAUAAAAAUAAUCAGUAUA